GCACUCGUGAACGCGCGCGGUCGGGUGCCGCUGUUGCUAUGAUGCAAUGGCGACUGCGCCGUGGGAAGCGAGCGAGGAGUUGAAUGAGUUCCCUCCGCAGUUGAAGGGAAGCAGCCGGCCAGGACACCGCCAGUGCCGAGGGACAGACAGCGGCCACGGAGACUAGCGGCAGGACCUCCCCUCCCCUGUCCUCCCACACUGCGUGGAAACCCGCAGCCAGCCAGGCGUGUCCGCUAGCCGCCCAGCUAGCCGUGUCAUGACCGUUGGAGACGUUUUCUCACACAUCUGUGCGGCUUCGCAGCGAGAGACGCUCAGCGACACCCAGUUCAGCCCUCGCUAGCCGAAACCAAGUGAGGGGAGCGUUGGGGGGUUAUUUCAUUACAUUUUUUUAAAUCUCUAGUGGCACUGUCAUCAUUUCGGUGGACCUAGCCGUGCUUUUCUGUUCUAUUUUCUUUUUUUAACCAUGGCUGAGCGAACCUCCACCGGGUUGCUAACGAUGAUGUUGGAGCCAACGCCGGCUGUCGCUAUGACCCUCCCGGCGGAGGUCCGGGAGAAGCUGGCGGAGCUGGAGCUGGAGCUCUCUGAGGGGGAUAUCACUCAGAAAGGCUACGAGAAGAAAAGAGGCAAGCUGUUGGCGCCGUACAUCCCUCAGAUACAAGGUGUAGAUCCUUCUCUGCAAAUUGACAACAGGAUCCAGGCCUCCUCCCAAGCUGUUCUUCCGGGUUCCAAACACAACAAGUCCCGGGCGGCCAACACCCGGGAUGAACGCUUCCGAUCUGAUUUGCACACAGAAGCCGUCCAAGCAGCUUUGGCAAAGUACAAGGAGAGGAAGAUGCCAAUGCCCUCCAAGAGACGAUCCGUGUUAGUUCAGUCUUCCGUGGAGGCAUGCACCCCGCCAGACACCUCCUCAGCGUCGGAAGACGAGGGCUCACUCCGCCGGCAGGGACGCCUGGUCACCUCCACGCCCUACCAGGGCCACGGCCCGCCAGCCGUUGAGCACUGGUUUAACCGUGUCAUCCAGGGUUCGUCCACCUCAUCCUCCGCGUCAUCCACCUCAUCCCACCCGGGAGGGAGGUCCGUCACCAACACCACUUCCCACGCAGCCCUCAACGUGAACGCCGCCGCUACCGCGCUGGCCGACUUUAUGGCCCACACCCAGCUAGAUAACCACUCGGCGCCCCCCGAUGUGACGGGGCUGUCGGAGCGCUCCUCGCUUCAUGCGGAGCGUCCCCAGGUGGCCUCGGUGCGAGGCGUUUCCCGGGGCAAUAACCACCACACCAGCGUCAUGGAGACCGCAGAUGGCUGUGAGUGGAGAAGUGAUGGAUCCCUCAGUUUAAUGGAUGGUGUUCCAGUCAACAGUCGCGUCUCCUCCAAAAUCCAGCAGCUGCUCAACACUCUGAAGAGACCGAAGCGACCGCCGUUACGAGAGUUCUUUGUCGACGACUUUGAGGAGCUUUUGGAUGUUCAGCAGCCAGAUCCCAACCAGCCAAAACCGGAAGGCCAGCACAUGAGUCCCCUGGAAGGAGAGCCUCUCGGGGGGGUCAACAUCUGGCCUCCCUCCUUGCCAGCAGCCAUACAUCGGUGGGGCACAACUCAGCCCAAGAGCCCCUGCCUGACGGCCCUCGACAAUGCUGGCAAGCCGGUGUACACGCUCACCUAUGGUAAACUAUGGACCCGCAGUCAGAAACUGGCCUACACGCUUCUUAACAAGCUGAGUACCAGAAAUGAGCCUCUUCUGGUGCCCGGCGACAGGGUUGCACUUGUUUUCCCCAACAACGACCCCGUGAUGUUCAUGGUGGCCUUCUACGGCUGUCUCUUGGCUGAGCUGGUACCGGUGCCCAUUGAAGUCCCGCUCACCAGAAAGGAUGCCGGCAGUCAACAGAUUGGCUUUCUGUUGGGAAGCUGUGGCGUCACGUUGGCACUGACCACUGACGCGUGUCAGAAAGGCUUACCCAAAGCCCAAACGGGGGAGGUAGUGACGUUCAAAGGCUGGCCACGCUUACUGUGGUUCGUGACGGAUGGAAAACAUGUUGUGAAGCCUCCGAAGGACUGGCAUCCUCCGAUACGGGACGCCAGUAAUGACAUAGCUUACAUAGAGUAUAAGACCAGCAAGGAGGGAAGCACCAUGGGGAUCACAGUGUCCAACGCAGCCACGCUGGCCCACUGUCACGCGCUCACACAGGCCUGCGGCUACACUGAAGGAGAGACGAUAACCAACGUCCUGGACUUCAAGAGAGAGGCGGGGUUAUGGCACGGCGUUCUCACUAGUGUCAUGAAUCGGAUGCACGUGAUCAGCAUUCCUUACUCCCUGAUGAAAGUCAACCCCCUCUCCUGGAUACAGAAGGUCCACACAUACAAAGCAAGGGUUGCCGUGGUGAAGUCGAGGGACAUGCACUGGUCUCUGCUGGCCCAGAGAGACCAAAGAGACGUCAGUCUGAGCUCCCUGCGCAUGCUUAUCGUAGCCGACGGAGCUAACCCAUGGUCGAUAUCCUCGUGCGAUGCCUUCCUCAACGUGUUUCAGGCACGUGGGCUGCGACCUGAGGUGAUCUGUCCAUGUGCCAGCUCUUCAGAAGCCAUGACUGUCGCCAUCCGCAGGCCUCCAGAAAUGGGUGUUCCUCCUCCAGGGAAGGCGGUGCUGUCAAUGGGUGGGCUGAGCCACAGUGUGAUCCGUGUGGACACAGAGGAGAAACUCUCCGUCCUCACAGUGCAGGAUGUAGGACAGGUCAUGCCUGGAACCCUGGUUUGUGUGGUUCGGGUGGAGGGGACACCCUACCUCUGUCAGACGGACGAGGUUGGAGAGAUCUGCGUGAACUCCGGCAUCCCGGGCGUAGCUUACUACGGCCUGCCGGGCAUGACCAAGAACAUCUUUGAGACCAUCCCGGUGACUUCAUCUGGGAUUGCCAUCUGCGACAGACCAUUCACCAGGACAUCGCUCCUGGGCUUCGUGGGGCCGGACAGCCUUGUGUUUGUCGUGGGGAAGAUGGAUGGGCUGAUGGUGGUCAGUGGGCGGAGACACAAUGCCGAUGAUGUGGUUGCCACAGCACUGGCAGUGGAGCCCAUGAAGUUUGUGUACAGGGGGAGGAUAGCGGUGUUUUCUGUGUCUGUGCUGCAUGACGAGAGGAUCGUGGUUGUGGCAGAGCAGAGGCCGGACGCCUCGGAGGAGGACAGCUUCCAGUGGAUGAGCCGCGUCCUGCAGGCCAUAGACAGCAUCCACCAGGUCGGAGUGUACUGCCUGGCUCUGGUGCCUGCCAACACGCUUCCUAAGGCUCCUCUGGGCGGAAUCCAUAUAUCUGAGACCAAACAGCGCUUCCUGGAGGGCGCCUUGCACCCCUGCAACGUCCUCAUGUGCCCUCACACAUGCGUCACUAACCUGCCCAAGCCGAGACAAAAACAGCCAGAGGUCGGUCCUGCUUCCAUGAUAGUGGGCAACCUGGUGGCCGGCAAGAGGAUAGCCCAGGCCUGUGGGAGGGACGUGGCCCAACUCGAGGACAACGACCAGGCACGUAAGUUCCUGUACAUCCAGGACGUGCUGCAGUGGAGGGCUCAAGCCACUCCAGACCACCCAGUGUUCCUUGUCCUCAAUGCUAAGGGCACAGUGGCUAGUACAGCUUCCUGUCUGCAGCUGCACAAGCGGGCAGAGCGGGUGGCUGCAGCACUGAUGGGACGCCUCAACACCGGAGACCACGUAGCACUCGUCUACCCACCAGGAAUCGACCUGAUUGCCACUUUCUACGGCUGCCUGUACGCUGGCUGUGUGCCAGUCACUGUCAGACCCCCCCACCCCCAGAACCUGGCGACCACGCUGCCCACCGUCAAGAUGAUUGUUGAGGUCAGUAAGUCGGUGUGCAUCCUGACCACUCAAGCAAUAAUGAAGCUGCUCAGGUCCAAGGAGGCCGCGGCUGCUGUGGACGUGAAGAGCUGGCCCAUGGUGCUGGACACAGACGACCUCCCAAGAAAGAAGAGCCCCCAGAUGUACAAGCCCCCGACCCCAGAGAUGUUAGCCUACCUGGACUUCAGUGUGUCAACAACAGGCAUUUUAGCGGGGGUCAAAAUGUCUCACUCUGCCACCAGUGCCUUGUGUCGCUCCAUCAAACUGCAGUGUGAGCUCUACCCCUCCCGGCAGAUCGCCAUCUGCCUGGACCCCUACUGCGGCCUGGGCUUCGCCCUCUGGUGCCUGUGCAGUGUGUACUCGGGCCACCAGUCCAUCCUGGUCCCCCCUCUGGAGCUGGAGAGCAACGCGUCUCUGUGGCUCGCCGCAGUCAGCCAGUACAAAGUGCGCGUCACCUUCUGCUCGUAUUCGGUCAUGGAGAUGUGCACCAAGGGCCUGGGUUCACAGACUGAAGCGCUGCGGUUGCGCAAUGUGAACCUGUCGUGCGUGCGUACGUGCAUGGUGGUGGCCGAGGAGAGGCCCCGCAUAGCGCUCACUCAGUCCUUCUCAAAGAUCUUCAAGGACUUGGGGCUCUCACCGCGCGCCGUCAGCACCACCUUCGGCUGCAGGGUGAACGUGGCCGUCUGUUUGCAGCCCAACAGGUUAGGGAAACUGGCUGAGCAGGGCACAGCCGGACCAGACCCCACUACCGUUUAUGUUGACAUGAGAGCGCUGCGACACGACAGGGUUCGCUUGGUGGAGAGAGGGUCGCCCCACAGCUUGCCACUGAUGGAGUCUGGGAAGAUCCUCCCAGGAGUGAAGGUGAUCAUUGCCAACACGGAGACCAAAGGACCCCUGGGAGACUCCCAUCUAGGAGAGGUCUGGGUGAGCAGUCCUCACAAUGCCACAGGCUACUACACAGUCUACGGGGAGGAGGCCCUGCACGCUGACCACUUCAACACAAAGCUCAGCUUUGGCGACACCCAGAGCGUCUGGGCGAGGACGGGCUACCUGGGCUUCCUGCGGCGCACCGAGCUGACGGAUGCCAGUGGAGAGCGCCACGACGCCCUCUACGUGGUGGGCUCUCUCGAUGAGACUCUGGAGUUGAGAGGAAUGAGGUAUCACCCGAUUGACAUCGAGACAUCCGUCAUACGUUCUCACAAGAGCAUAGCUGAAUGUGCGGUGUUCACUUGGACCAACCUCCUCGUGGUGGUCGUGGAGCUGGAGGGAUCGGAGCAGGAGGCGCUGGACCUGGUGGCCCUGGUCACCAACGUUGUCCUGGAGGAGCACUACCUCAUCGUAGGAGUCGUGGUGGUGGUCGACCCCGGCGUCAUCCCCAUCAACUCCAGAGGGGAGAAGCAGCGCAUGCACCUCAGAGACGGGUUCCUGGCCGACCAGCUGGACCCCAUAUACGUGGCUUACAACAUGUGAGGGCCCUGCUGCGGGAAGGGGACCCCUCAACGGGAAUCAUCGCACAAGGAGAAUGUGGGAGCACAGAAGUGUUGCAGGCCCUUCUGCCCCCCCCGCCCCCUUCCCGCCCUUCGGCCAAAAUAAAUAAAGCUCUCCUUUCUUGCUCAAAGACGGGAAAUAUGAAAGAAACGUGGAUGAAAAACCUCACAGCAAAAUGGAAAGAAACAUCGGGAGAAAUAAGUUGGACUGAAAACACUCAUGUGAUUUUCUCCCCAGUAUUUCCAGCCUCAGAAAUUGGAGAAGAGAGUUUUUUAUGUAUGUACGAUAAGGCGCCUGUCAACUUACUUUAUCCAUCUCCAAUAUUAUGAUUGUUAGUUGUGUCUGCUAUGCCCUGGUGCCAGAGAGCCGGACUGACACCAGUACCCAAACCCUGGUUCAGAACCAGCUCAAACGGAUCCCCCUGUGCCCCCCUGUGCCAUUGCAGGUCAGAAAGGUUUAUCCCACGGAUGCCGGGACACGGGAGGCGGUACUUACGUUCAUGGUGUCAGUAACAGGACGUGUAAAUAUAAUGUUGUGGUUUGACUUAGUUUUUUUUUUUUUUUUUUAGACCUUUCUAAAUCUAAAAUGUGUGACAUAUUGUUUUAUCUGAACAAAAUGCAAUAUGAGUGAUGUGAAAGAAGAGUUUUGAAUGACUGCAGACAAUAAGUGCCAAUUGUUCAAAGUCAUGACAUGGCGAGGAAUAAUAAUCGUUGCUCUCUAUUAGCAACGUGCCAAAUGAUAUGAAUUAAGCCUUAAGUGUUUUUUCAGAGGCCUGGUCUUUCUCCAGCUCCUGCUUCAAUUCCUUUUGUGAACUUUAUCCGCUUGGAAAGGAAUAGAAAUGCAGAGGGAGCUUAACGUAUGAUAAACCCUGCUCUUAUUGCACCCAAAGUCCUUCCAUCUUUUUGGAGAAGAUGGAUAAACUUGAUCAUAACAUCAGCCACUGCAAACACACUCGCUCCAUUAAUGUUCAUUGUUGCGUUUCAUAUCUGCGAUGGAUGGCAGCCGCUGUAGGUUUGAUGCAGAAUGUUAUAGGCGCACAUCGAGGGCCAUAAGGUCGAAUGGGAGUUGGGAAAAUGUUGCAUGUAACAUAUGAAGGCAAGUGUCUAAUACGCUAGUAACACUUUGACCUCCCACCUUACCACGUUCACUUUGCAAAGAUUCACUCCACCGUUGCUUUUU